AUGGUUAUGGCACCUUCGGUCCUGAAUCCUGAUGAUGUCUACAUUUUUAACAAACAUCAUAUUCAUAGUAAAGAUCCAACUUUACUAACCCAUUUGGAUAUCGACCAUGGAGUGAACGAUGCAUUGACCGUACGCGGUCAUCCAUACCCCAAGGACUUGAUUCUUGACGAGCUCAAGAGACGUGUCGCCCAGGUUGACAUGUCAGGCUGCGAGCCUGGAGAAGAAGAUGCUUUCUAUGUCGCAGAUAUGGGCGAGAUUUACCGCCAGCAUAUGCGCUGGAAACUGAACUUGAGCCGUGUCAAGCCUUUUUAUGCCGUCAAGUGCAACCCUGAUCCAGAGGUUCUUCGGCUCAUGGCCGAGUUGGGCAAUGGCUUCGACUGUGCUUCCAAGACUGAAAUUGAUUUGGCUCUAAAGACUGGAGUCGAUCCUAGCCGUAUCAUUUACGCUCAGCCAUGCAAAACCAGGUCUUACAUUCGCUAUGCCGCCCAGAAGGGUGUCAAGCAAAUGACCUUUGACAACGCCGAUGAACUUUACAAGAUCAAGGCUGAUUUUCCUGGAGCCGAACUUUAUCUGCGUAUCUUGACCGAUGAUUCCACCAGUCUGUGCCGACUGAGCAUGAAAUUUGGGGCCUCGCUCGACACUGCACGCCCUUUGUUGGAUUUGGCCAAGCAGCUCGAGCUCAAGGUUGUAGGUGUCAGCUUUCACGUAGGAUCCGGAGCGGAAGACCCAGCCGCGUUUCUCAAAGCUGCGCAAGAUGCCCGUUGGGUAUUCGAACAAGCCUCCGAGGUUGGCUAUGAACUCCAUACCCUGGAUGUAGGUGGUGGAUUUUGUGACGACACGUUCGAGAAAUUUGCCAGUAUCCUGAGCAAGGCAGUCGACGAUCUGUUCCCAGCAAACAUCCGCAUCAUCGCCGAACCAGGCCGCUACUACGUCGCUGGCGCCUUCACGCUUGCAGCUAAUGUCAUAGCUCGCCGCGAUGUGUACGAUCCGCAAGUUUCGUCCCAGAGUAGCUAUAUGAUAUAUCUCAAUGAUGGUGUUUAUGGCAACUUCUCCAACAUCAUCUUCGACCACCAGCAUCCGGUCGCUCAGAUUCUGACUUCUGCCAAUGGAACCGGGGCUUCUACACCCAAUUCGUCUGUUUCUAGCUCCCCUGGUGCAGGCAUUGAAUACAGCAUCUGGGGGCCAACCUGUGACGGCAUCGAUGUUAUCAGCGAGCGGAUCGUGCUGCCAGGCUUGGUUGACGUUGGUGAUUGGUUGUAUUUCGAGAACAUGGGCGCGUACACACGUUGCAGCGCCACUCGAUUCAACGGGUUCCCGGACAAUCACGAUGUCAUUUAUAUUUCGAGUGAGAACGGAGCGUCUGCAUUGCUUGAUUAUUAA